CGUCGUCUAAGCAAACCCAAAUGAGUAAUUGAAGAACAUCAAGCUCAAACAUCCAGCGUGUUAUGUCCAUGCGCAGGGAGCACAAUGCGCGUGCAAUGCGGGAGCUGCAGGCACUCUUCGAGCAGGCCUACGCGCGGAAAGCGGUCAAGGUGCUCUCAGCCAUCACAGAUGUCGCUGCGUAUGCGUCCUGAAUGCAAUUGACGGACAAUUGGGUAUUGUUGCGACCAGGCAGUCCAAGCCGCCAUGUUUGAGGACCUGCAGACCGCCAUGACGCAAGCCGAGAGGAUGGGUCGGCUGGGCCGCACACUGGACCAGCUGGUUGCAGCGGCCCUCCGCGUCCUCCCGAAGCAGAAACGGACCCUGGUGGCGACUGCCCAGAAGCGCGCGCAGGUGCAGCUGCGGCGGUCCAUACGGAGAGGGGGCGAGGUCAGCGGCUCUGAAGAGGAGGACGGCGAGGCCGCGGUAGGCCCCCUGCCGUCGCUGCAUGACCUGCCAACGGAGGUCGUGGAGUCCAUCUUCGAGCAUCUGGGCCCAGUGGAGCUGGCGCGCUGCGCCUGCGUCAGCAGGUGCUGGCGCGACUUGUCCCGGGGCGCUGAUGGAGCGUGGUGCGCACUGCUCGACCUCACCUUCCCGGGACGGCCACAUCAAGCGGCGUCGCAGCCCGCAGGGCCCGCAGGGCGGGCGUACCGCCAGUUCCGUUUGCCAGCAGCAGGGCGGCCACGCGCCCUGCUGCGCUGGUCGGGCCGCGUGCUGGCAGCCGGGGGGCCCGCCUGGCUGUCGUCCGAUGCAUUGCGGCGGAUGGCACCCGCUGCGCUAGCCGGGCUGAGGUUUCCGCGGGAAGACCAGGUGGUGCGCUGGGCUUGCCACGAACCGCUUGCCCGUUCGAGCAGUAGCGGUAGCAGCAGCUACGACGACAGCAGCAGCGACGAUGAGGCUGUGACAGUCGGAGCCUCACGGCUCCGACUGUGGGCUGUGCCGCGUUGAAGCCACGUUACCCGGGAUUGCAGGGCAAAGCAUCCUUAUGAAGCUAGUGGUGGCAAUGACACGCCGUUUGCUCAUCUUUGGUACUUUGCAUACGCAUGGGGCAUGUAAAAGCGGCAUCACGUAUAGGUUAUAUCGGCAUGAACAUGCGAAUAUAGGAGUACUCGAAGGGCGUAACAAUCAAGAAGCACCCCGUCGAAGAUGCAGAAGGGCUUCUACUCAAAUGCAGGAUGUGCUCUUUUGAUCGCCCCUUCGCGGGCUGAAAGAAUGGACGCUGCUAGGGAGGGCUGAAACUGUUGAACCGUUGGACUGCGCAGCAUCACGUGAGUAGGGAUACGGUUGUGUUACCGUAUUAAUCAUGCGAUCGUGUGAGGGUACAUGCUGAACCGUGGGUCGUUCCCGUCUUCUGUAAAGUUGAGGUACAAGGUUGCUGGACAUGUGGAAUAGAUGGGGACUUUCAGAAUGCCAAGCCCAGUGUUAAUGCAAUACGCCUGGCAAUACGUAC